AUGGGAUACAGAUUCUCCCUGAACUAUUACGUCCAAAGUCUGAUAUUUAUAUAAGGAAAUAAACACCAGCUCAACUGUUAUUCAUACUCAGCAAAGAACUGGGAGGCAGUAAAUUUCUGAACAUUUAAAAACAAACUUUAAUUAGUUUUACGAGCAUUAAAAUGAGACAUGGGUGUUAGAGGAUAAAAAGUAGAAAUUCUAUUGUGACAAAUUCUCUUCUUAGCCUGCAUCCACUUACUAAAAUGAAAAUUAUUUCCUAUUUUUCAAUAACUGACAAGAGUUGUUCAAAUUUUUAUUUACGCGCCUUUGAACUGUUUUGGUUAUCAACCCUUCAAACCAAUUCUUUCGUUUUCAAAGUGUCUCGACCAAAUGAAGCAUUUAGAGGGCCCCAAAGCCCACGGACAGAAUUUUUAAGAUACAUGGAUUUUCUCCCGGGGAGUGCUCCCCCUUAUAUAAGCCAACUAGGUAUGUGCCAUCCCAAAGGGUAUGGUUUUUGCACCUUUUUGGUCUAAAAAUGGUCAGGAUUUGGAGAACCUACCAAGAACCCCCAAGAGCACUGCCCUAGGGAUUUCGGUCACUUUUGGGUAGUAAAUAACAAAUAAGCGGCCAUGGUUUAAAUACUUGGGCUACGUAUGAAUCGCCGAGAGAGAGACUUAGCUUCCCUCUUUAUUGGGUACUUUGUUUUGCUCUGCACGUAAGUUUUGUUUACUCUUUUUAGAUAACUCAAUCUAAAAGAAGUGCAGGUAUAUUAAAGUUGUUUAAAACGUGCGGGCCCCCAAAACAAAAUAAUUUGAAAAAUCUUAAUUAUGUGCCAGUAAGUUUCCUUGCUUUAAAUUAGAUAACGCAAUCAUGGUUAGAGAUAUUAUGUACUAGCUAAGACCAGGGAACCUAACUUGUAAUAGGUAAUCACUGAUUUCAAAAACCUAUCACAAUAACAUUUUGACUGCCAGAUAAAGAGUAUUUCAACAGAUCAUAUCUGACUUCAUCAUUUUAUUAUCCUUUAACUAAUUUUCUUUGUCUUCUUCACUCAUGUAGGUAACAAUCUGAUAACAAUCUAACAGAAGUACAGUCAUUAAUUGUUCAGUGCUGACCCAACUACACCAAGAUAUUCUUAAAACGGUAAGAGCUUGGAGCUUGUAACAACCCCAAUCCCCAUCUUUAUUAAUCCUUUAUUUAAUAUGGCUCCUAAGGAUCUUCCUUGAAGUAUUAGAAUACAUAAAAAUUCUGAUAUUAUUAUAAAAAGCAAUUUACAUCUAUAAGGUCAACUGGGUUUCCAACUCAGCAAAAAUGGGAGACAGGUGCUCCCUAAACUAUGACAUAAUACAUAAUAUUUACAUAAAAUUAAUAAACUCUCCCCAUUGGCAGUGGUUUUGAAUAAAGGUUCUAUGCCAGAUAACACUCUGAAAAAACCCAGAAAGUAAUGCUCCUCCCUGGACUGAUACCUUAGUCUAUGAUAAAUGGGAAAUACUAUUUUUAACUUACUAUUUUAAAAACACUAGAUAACCUGGGAUUUCCAACCCAGCAAACAAGGGAAACAGGAGCUCCCUUAACUGAAACUUCAGUUUAUAAUAGUUAAAAAUUCCUCUUUAAACUAGAUAAAUUGGGAUUCCAACCCAGCAAGUAAAGGAGACAGGAGCUCCCUGGACUAAAACUUCAGUCUAUAAUAGUUAAAAACUACUCUUUAAACUAGAUAAACUGGGAUUCCAACCCAGCAAAAAAGGGAGACAGGAGCUCCCUGGACUGAAACUUCAGUCUAUCAUAGUGUUAUUACUUACUAUUAAAAUCAGAGAAAAUGGGAUUCCAACCCAGAAAGUAAUGCUCCCCCCUGGACUUAUACCUUAGUCUAUGAUAGAUGGGAAUUACUAUUUUUAACUUACUAUUUUAAAAACACUAGAUAACCUGGGAUUUCCAACCCACAAAACAAGGGAGACAGGAGCUCCCUUCACUGAAACUUCAGUCUAUAAUAGUUAAAAACUACUAUUUAAAGUAGAUAAACUUGGAUUCUAACCCAGCAAGCAACGGAGACUGGAGCUGACCCUGGACUGAUACUUCAGUCUGUAAUAGCUAUUACUUACUAUUAAAAUUAGAUAAACUGGGAUUCCAACCCAGCAAGCAAGGGAGAUAGGAGCUCCCUGGACUGAUACUUCAGUCUAUGAUAGUGUUAUUACUUACUAUAUUAAGGUUAGAUAAACUGGGAUUCCAAUCCAGCAAGCAAGGGAGAGGAGCUCCCUGGACUGAUACUUCAGUCAAUAAUAGAUGAAACUUACUAUUAAAAGAAAUCAUUCACUGGGAUUCCAACACAGCAAGCAAGAUAAGUAAUACCUGGAGUGAUACUACAGUCUGUUAUGCAUGUAGUUGAACCUUUAAUACCCUAAUUCUAGAACUAAAUGAAGUGCUUUACAUCUUAGCUUUAAUUAUUAUUUAUAGUAUUAUACUGUUCGAGCAGCAGCAAUUCUUUCAAUAAAUUUAAUAGCAGCCAUAAGUAGAAAAAGG